CCGGACUCAUCCGGUACUAUAAAGGUGGCCACGAGUUAGUACUGUAAGAGAGUCCAUCUUGGAAAGCGGCUUUUUCAGCGCCAAUAUUUUUACAGUAAUCUAAAGCUACCAAAAUGGCCGACGCAGAGCAUCAGUUGAUGGAAACCUCCGAGAACGGGAACGAGGAGAGUCUGAACGGAGCGGAGCUCGCAGAGGAGGCCGCGGAUGAGGAGAGCGGAGCCGGCGAGGGAGGACAGAUCAACGCCAGCAGAGGCGAGGAAGAUGCCGGUAAAAUGUUUGUUGGGGGACUCAGCUGGGACACCAGUAAGACAGACCUAAAGGACUACUUCUCAAAGUUCGGCGAGGUGAUGGACUGCACCAUAAAGAUGGAUUCAAACACCGGCCGGUCACGAGGGUUUGGCUUCAUCUUGUUCAAAGAAGCAGAAAGUGUGGACCGGGUGCUGGAGCAAAAGGAACACAGGCUAGAUGGCCGACAGAUCGAUCCCAAGAGAGCCAUGGCUAUAAAGAAAGAGCCCGCCAAGAAGAUCUUCGUCGGUGGCCUUAACCCUGAAACCACAGAAGAGAAGAUCCGUGAAUACUUCGGGGCCUUCGGAGAGAUUGAAACGAUUGAACUUCCAAUGGAUCCAAAGACAAACAAAAGGAGGGGCUUCGUCUUCAUCACUUUCAAGGACGAGUCUGCCGUCAAAAAGAUCCUGGAGAAGAAAUACCAUAAUGUCUGUGGAAGCAAGGUAAUGAACGGAAAGGAAGACAUGUGCGAGAUCAAAAUCGCCCAGCCCAAGGAAAUCUACCAGCAGCAGCAGUAUGGUGCCCGCGGAGGCUUCGGAGGUCGUGGCAGGGGUCGCGGGGGCCCAGGCCAGAACUGGAACCAGGGCUAUAACAGCUACUGGAACCAGGGCUACGGGAACCAAGGCUACGGUGGCCAGCAGGGCUAUGGUGGUUAUGGAGGCUAUGGCAACUACGACUAUUCUUCUGGCUACUAUGGGUAUGGUGGUGGUUAUGAUUACGACCAGGGCAAUGCAAGCUAUGGGAAAACACCAAGACGUGGAGGCCACCAGAGUGGCUACAAGCCAUACUGAUCAUGCA